CUUUUUUCUUGAUUAUUUUUUUUCUAGCAAUGCAUACACACACUGGGCCAAAAAAGGUCCUAUUCAAGGACGGAGAUAGCGAGGAGCCUGCUGUUCAUAAGCCAGCCAGCAUGCCGGCCACGCAGAAUGGGCAACACAAGAAGUCGAAGCACAAGAAAGAGCGCAAGGACUAUAAAGCGAUAGCGCAGCAGCUCAAGCCCCAGCGGGAGAAGCUACCUAUCUACAGUGCGCGCGAGGCACUUGUGCAGGGAGAUCCGACCGGGUCGGGCAAGACGACUCAGAUUCCGCAAUAUCUGCUGGAGUCAGGAUUCAGCAAAUUUGGGAAAACCAUGAUCGCGGUAACGCAGCCUCGGCGAGUUGCAGCAACAUCAAUUGCACGGCGUGUAGCUGAGGAGGUCGGCACACCCCUAGGCGCCCGUGUUGGAUACACGAUCCGCUUCGAAGACUGCACAUCGGAGCGCACACAGCUCAAGUACUGCACUGAUGGUCUGCUGUUGCGCGAGAUCCUGUCGGACCCGCUGCUGAAAAAGUACUCAGUGGUGAUCCUCGAUGAGGCACACGAGCGCACGCUGCGCACAGAUAUUCUGCUUGGAAUGUUGAAGGAUAUCCAGCGCGAGCGUGCGCGCAUUGCGGAGCUGAAUCGCGAGGAUCAUUACGACCAGGCCGAAGAGCAGUGGACCGAUCACAGAUCGCGCGGAUCUCAUAUUACGUUUGGCGAGGAGAAGGAGGAGCAGAUGGCAGAGGCGAAGGACCUGGAGCCUGUCAUCGAUGAGGUGCAUGGUGAUGUCAGUGGAAUCGGCGAUCUCAAGGUUAUUGUCAUGAGUGCUACGCUGGACGCCGAGCGGUUCUCUGAAUACUUUGACAGCGCCCCGAUUCUUUAUGUGGCCGGGCGACAAUUUCCUGUGACGACCUAUUACACCACUACGCCGCAGGCUGACUACCUUGAUGCAGCACAUCUAGCGGCACUGCAGAUCCACACAGAAACGCCUAGCGAUAGCGGCGAUGAGGAUAUUGAAAAUGUCGAGCGACUGCUGCGUGACUCGGCCGAGAACUUCCCAAAGGGCGUGCCCCACCUGCUGCCCUGCCCAAUCUUUGCUGCCCUGCCGCAAGGCACAGCAGUCGCGAAGUUCACGCGCAAGGUGAUUCUUGCCACAAACAUCGCCGAGACAAGUCUGACCAUCCCAGGGAUCCGGUUUGUCAUUGACACAGGUGUGCACAAGGUCCGCGGCUUCGAUCCCCGUGUUGGUGAGUCGCUGCUGGUCGAGCCCGUCAGCAAGUCGUCGGCGCGCCAGCGCACAGGACGAGCUGGCCGUGAGGCUCCUGGCUCAUGCUACCGGCUGUACACAGAGGCUGACUAUGCCCAGCUGGCCGAGGAUAGUGUGCCCGAGAUCAAGCGAUGCCAGCUGUCGAUGGUUGUCUUGCAGCUCAAGGCCGCUGGCGUCCACGACGUCAUGAAGUUUGACUUCAUGGACCGACCACACGCUUUGCUUGAACUCUACGCUCUGGAGGCACUGGAUCGACAAGGGCGAGCUGACAGAUCUUGGAAAAUGGAUGUCCGAGUUCCCCUCUCGAGCCCUCGUACGCCAAGGUCAUAUACGCGUCACAGAAGGCUGGGUGCUACGCGCGAGGCUAUCGAUAUUGUGUCGCUGCUGUCGGUUGACAGCCUCUUCUAUGUGCCAGCCGACAAGCGUGAUGAGAGCAAUGCAGCCCAAAUGAUGUUCAGGUCCACUGACGGCGAUCCACUUGACUCUAUUCAUGGCGACAAGGAGUGGUGCAGUGAGCACUUUGUCAACCGCCGCAACAUGCGCCAUGUUCUGGAUGUGCGCCAGCAGCUCAACCGUCUCUGCGUGCGUCUGGGUAUGGAUGUUGAGGUGACCUGCGGCUCCAACCUGGACCAUGUCCUGAAGUGCUUCCUGGCGGGCUUCUUCCACAACUGCGCGCUGCUGCAGCCUGACGGCACGUACCGGUCGCUAAACGGAUCCCAAGUUGUUCACAUCCACCCCGGCUCGUCGCUGUUUGCAAAGAAGGUGCCUGCGAUCUUCUACGACCAGCUCGUGUUCACUAACAAGCUGCAUGCCAGAGCUGUGUCUGCAGUGGAUCCGAUGUGGAUCGCGCAGGCAUCGCCAAAGCUCUACAAUCGGCUGGCAACAGCCAAUGCUUCGACCUAAGAGUUCUCGAGGAUGCUCUGCUUCUAUGAAAUAGACUU